UCCGCAACUGCUCAAUAGCAACCUGGAUCCCGCGGCGGCGGCUGGGAGCGCAGUUGCUUCUCCUCAUCAAUCCUUUACCCGGCUAAGUCCGCGUGGGUAUCGGGAACCAUGAACAUCCGCAACGCUCGGCCAGAAGAUCUGAUGAAUAUGCAGCAUUGCAACCUGCUGUGCCUUCCAGAAAACUAUCAGAUGAAAUACUAUUUCUACCAUGGUCUGUCGUGGCCUCAGCUGUCUUACAUCGCUGAAGAUGAGAAUGGGAAGAUCGUGGGCUACGUCCUGGCCAAAAUGGAGGAAGAUCCAGACGAUGUCCCCCACGGACAUAUUACAUCCUUGGCCGUAAAACGUUCCCACCGUCGGCUAGGUUUAGCACAGAAACUCAUGGACCAGGCCUCAAGGGCCAUGAUUGAAAACUUCAAUGCAAAAUAUGUCUCCCUGCAUGUUAGAAAAAGUAACCGGGCAGCUCUGCAUCUGUAUUCCAACACACUUAACUUUCAAAUCAGUGAGGUGGAGCCCAAAUAUUAUGCCGACGGGGAGGACGCCUACGCUAUGAAGAGAGAUCUGACUCAGAUGGCCGAAGAGCUGAGGAAGCAACUGGAGGUGAAGGAGAAAGGCAAACAUCUGGUGCUGGCCUCCCUGGAGAACAAGAUGGACCCCAAAGUCAACCAUCUCGGGGAGUGCUGCCGUGAGGAGAAAGGCCUAGGCCCCACAGCCGAGGACAGCAGCGGCGGUGACAGCAAAGACCUUAGUGAGGUCAGCGAGACCACCGAGAGCACUGACAUCAAGGACAGUUCCGAGGCCUCCGACUCCACAUCCUAGAGUUCCCAAGCUCUGGGAUUCCAUUGUUCAUCUGCCACCCCCAUCUCGUGUUUCUCCUCCCCUUUACCUCCCAUCAGUCCUUCCUAUUAAAGCAUUUGGGGCCCUGGGGGCUUUGUUUUUCUGUGA